UGCAACAUUAACAAUAUGAAGUGAAUCACCCACCUAUCCGCGUGUACGGUGGCAGCCUGCGCAGAUAAGAGGGCUUGUUGGCGAGUACCAGCGAGAUUUGUUGGGGAGAGUCAGUGCGAGUUGUGAUACCGCGGUGAGAGCCUGAUCCAUCUAUCCAAUCGUGAGCGGAGUGACAGUCGACAUAAUGAUCCCUUAAUUCUCGCAUUUUCAAUAAUUCCCUUGUCGCUCGAGAUGGCUAGCUGGUUCGUGCCCAGUGUUGGAAGAGUCGAUUCAAUGUCUCCAAGGAAUCAUCACGUGUAGUAUGAUAGGAAAAGUCGCGGUGCAUGCCACAGGUGUGGGUGGCCGAUUCAUUAAAAAAAUCCCAAUAGCAAUGAACUCCACCUGCAAAGCUCGCAGAGCUCCGCCGUGAUUAAAGCACAACGAACUUAAUUAAAUAAAAUACGAGAUAUAAGCAGUGAGUAAAGCAACGAAAACCCCAAAAUGAGACCUUCGCGAGCAGACCUGGACGAUAUACCGGACAAGUACCUGGAGACGAUAGCCCAUUAUCUGAUGGACAUGAGAAACGAUACGGUAGAUUUGUCGAAGCCGCAACUACGGCCCUCCUUCACCAACAACUAUGCCCUUUUUAUAUUGCUGUAUUUUGUGAUGAUCACUUGCGGUAUGGUCACCAAUAUCGGCAUGAUCUAUCACAUCAUUCGACAUCGGCUCUACCAGGACCCCACAUACGCUUACCUGAUUAAUAUCGCGAUAUCCGACGUGACAAAAUGCAUCUUCGUACUUCCCAUCACUCUGGCCGUAUUACUGGUACAGAAUUGGAUCUUCGGGAAGUUCCUGUGCUACUUCCUACCCAUGCUCCAGGACAUUCCAAUUCAUGUAUCAAUGAUGACUUACUUAUUGAUUGCCGGCGAUAGAUAUCGAUUCGUCAGUAUGCCCGGGAAGCCGAGAAUUCCCGCAUUCGUCUGCGCCCUUGGUACCUGGUUUUUCGCUGUUUGCAUCGUCCUACCGUACGCGAUUUAUACUACUUAUGUUGAUCUCGAGAGCUUCAAGAAACUUCACUUUCGCGGCCUGGGAAUUUGCUUGGCUAAUCUCACUGAUGACAUCCAGCAGUACAUGAGGAGUAUAUUCUUACUAACUUAUAUCGCUCCACUAACGGUGACGGCCUACCUCUACGUUAAAGCCAGCAGAGAACUCCAGGACCAAGACGAGCCCAUGGCAGUGGCAAUGUUCGAGGCACGAGCUAAGAACUACUCGCGUCACGGAAGCAAUACCAGCAAUGACGUGACAUUACUUCGGGAAGUGAAACGUGAAAGUGGUAGCGUGAUGACUGGCGGUACUGUUGGGAUUUCCGGUUUUUCAACAACAUACGAUCUUUAUGACGCUGAACUAGACGUGAGGAAGGAAAAACGGACACAGAAAUAUCUCAUCUUCAUGGUUUCCGUUUUUGCUAUUCUGUUAUGUCCGCUCAUGGUGCUCAGAUUAGCGAAACCUGCUCUUAUCGAGACGUACGAGAACACUGGUCAUUUUGACAUAACCUUCACCAUGUUCGUCUGGCUGGGAUUUGCAUCAAUCGUCACAACCCCGAUAUUGUACGCCUCCUGGCACAUGAGUCGUCCUGCGAAGGAGCGUUUGAAGGGAUACUUUCAGUUUUCUACUAAACGACUCCAACCGGUACUGGAGAAGGGCUUGCGUCAUGGUAAUCGCCACGAGGGUGGCCUUGCAAAUGUCGCGUACACCCCUCAAGCACGAGCCGGAAGUACGAGCGGAAGCAACGGGAGUGACGAGUAUACCCGAGGCAAUUGUAGUUUUCAACGUCCGGAUCUCAUCAACAAUGCACAUCAGAUGAGUCCAGUCCGUUGAGGGAUUGAAGCAUUGUCCGUUUUUCCGAAGGGCUUUUCAUUCUUCAAUAAUAACGGAUAAUUGCUGCUGCAAUCGAUUUUAAAUUAUAAAAUCAUUUGCUCCUUUAUUUUUCACUCAAUAAUUUUUCCCAUGUUCGCAUUAUAUAAUUUAAAUAAAAAUAAACAAAUCAUCUUCUAAAGAGAACACAUAAUUUUUCAGAACAAAUUUACUCUCGCAGUACAAAGAUUGAAAUUGUUUCUAAAAAUUUUUAAUCAGAUAAGGGCACUUCAUCUUUCGUUAGGGCACGAACCAUUCCCUGGCAUUGUCGAGGGCAGAAUAAAUUCUGGGAAAACAAAGUGUCCCGUGAAUAAAAAAUCUACUAGAAUAUCUUGAGGGGAUGAAUUUCCCUCUUCCAACUGAGAUUGCAUUGAGAGCUUGCUCCAAUCCACCCCCAUGACACUCAGACUUUUUUUUUUACAUCCCUUAUAUUACCGGCUGGCGAUCCAUUCCCGACCGUAAUGUAUCGUCAUCACCGAGGAGACGUGUCGAAAAUUGUGGUCCAAAAAAAAAACUUUUCGUGGGAGUUAGAGAUAAAUACAAAAUUUCCGUUGACGUCAAAUUGGAGAAACCACUCUCACUAAACUCCGAGCACGUCAGUGGUUUUAGCUUAUGCAACGCGGAAAAAAAUUCACAACUCAACUCGCAAUCAAGAUAAUUUUCGAAAGAUUAAUGUGUCUGAGGAGAAAAGUAGAUUCUGAACACAAAACUUACAACUUACUUAGAAAACUUUUUGUAAUUAGACCAAAUAGGUUAAUUACUUGUUGUAAUUGUGAGUAAACUCGGUAAGUGGAGAAAUUGUGAGUUAAUUAAGCUAUUCCAUUGUCAAGUCUACAGUGACGUGAGAUAAAUUGUAAAGAUGGAUUUUUUUAGAGAUUUUAUAUAUUCCUAGGAACUAGUCAUGGGGAUCAAUAUCUCCAGAGAAUGAUUUGUUUUUGGCGAUGGAAAGUGAUCACAUCGGAGAUUUUUUUUGUAGGUUACUCGCUGUGAUUUGAUGUCUUGCAUGACAAUAAGGUGGUUAAUAUCAACACAAUUAUAGCGAACUUACUAUCCGCAUUGCUAACGUGUCAUUGAACUAUUCGGGUGAAAGUAAAAGGGUUGCGCCUGAAAUCAAUGGCUAGGAAAAACCAGGGGAAAAAACCACAAAAUCAAUGUCAUCAGUUUCUGUUCAUGACUUGAACAUUAUUACUAAACAGCAAAGCAGGAGUUUCUAAUCUUUCGAUGUGGCGGACAAUGUGUCGCAAUGUUUAUAAGGGCCACGAAGACCGCGAGAAAGCUCAUGAGGGUCACAACGAUGAAUAGAGCUCUCCCACGAUGUUUGGCCCUUACGACAUUUCUUGUAACACUUCACAUGAUUUAUUUUUCAUUCUGGUGGACCAAAAAAUAUGGAUCUCACGCACGAAUAAAAUAUAACGAAUAUUUUGGUAUGCGACAGAUGAAAUGCAAACGUAUUGAUCGACUAUUCUUCUGGAAUAUGGGAUAAAAUAUUUUCACACCCGCAUUCCUAUGGGAUAAAACGAGGAGCAUAGACUAGCUAUCCACUGGCGACGAUAAUUGUCAGUGAAUUUGUAUAUAGCAAUAAAUGAAAUUGGAGAAAAUGGGCGAUGAGAAUUAAUUUCACAAUACAACAUUCAAUAACUAUCCAAUACCCCAUCUUGUUGGUAGAUCCAAUUCCCUCUGAUGCAUUCUACCAGUUAACUAUGACGAGACCUGUCUUGUAAGUACGUACAUAGUUCAGACGUGGCACAAAGUCCGAUUGAAAUCCAUGAGAAAUAAAAUAAGAGUGAAAAUUGCAGAAUCGAAAAAAUUGACCCGAGAUGUCUGAACCUUUUGGCGCUCCUUACGAGCCUUUAUAAACACAAUUUGUUCCCUCGGUUAGCCGGUUAACUCGGCUACCAUUUCGAUGAAUGAAAAAAUAUGGAUCUCACGUAGUGGUUUUUUUCCUUCAAUUAUUGUAACUCUAACAAUAAAACAUGACGAAUAUUUUGGUAUGGAAUGAAUAGAGUGCGAACGUAUUGAUCGUCCUAUUCACGUCGAAUAUCACAUACACUAUUUUCAAAUCUGCAUUAUUAUGAAAUAAAAGAAGCGGUGUAGCAUAACCAUCCGCCAGAGCUUAUUAUUGUCAAUGAAUUUGUAUAUAACAAUAAAGAACAUUGAAAAAAUUUAAUGUUACAAA